GAUUAGCCAGCAGUAGCGCCUAUCUCUAGCGGUUGAGAGCCGAUGGCUAACGCCCAGCAGAUCGACAUCAACCGACCUGUCUCGGCCAGCUAGACUACGAUUACGGAAGCAGCCUCGCCAACAGAGACAGCGGCAGCAACAGCUUAGGAUUUUGCUAUUGGCUGUCUACCCCCAUGAUGAACUGUGAUUCCGGCUGCGCCCGUGUUUUGCGACAUAAUUUCGCCACCUCGUACCGAAGUAGGAUUGACGGACGGUCAUCACUCUCGGAUAAAUCGUCUUCUUAUUCGUCCACAUGGAGUCAGCGGCCAUGGAUCCGGGUGGGCUCUCGAUUCUCAACCCCUCCCCCUGCCUUGUUAAGGGGCCAGAUCUCCUCCAUGACCUAGUAGCUUUGUCAAGCAGCGAUGGCUCUCCGGCCGUCGACUACUCUACCGGCGCCGGCGGCCGAACCAUCAGCCUUUCCUACCCCGAGCUCCACGCUGCUUCGACAGCCUUGGCCGCGCGAAUCUCCGCUGCGCUGGGCCCUGGUAGCGUCAAGGACCGGCUUGUAAUCCCGAUUCUGAUGCCACAGUCUCCCGCGCUCUACGCCGCACUGAUCGCAAUCCUCAAGUCCGGAGCGGCGUUCUGUCCGCUGCAUCUCGACGCUCCCCAGGAACGUAUAAAAUUCAUCUUGCGCGACGUCGGCGCCAGGCUGGUGCUCGCCUGCCCUGAGUCGAUGUCCAAGAUCCCGGAGAGUGAGGAUGGCGUGUACAGGGUCAUGUCGGUUGAUCAACUGCUAGAUAUUCCGGCCCAUAAUAUGAAUACGGCGGCUCCCUGCAGGGUGCCAAGAGCCGACGAUCUCGCCUAUGUCAUGUAUACCUCGGGCUCUACCGGAACCCCCAAGGGUGUUGCGAUAUCUCAUCUUGCCGCGACGCAGAGCUUACUCGCUCACGACCGCCACAUUCCACCGUUUGCACGCUUCCUUCAGUUCGCCGCGCCCACAUUUGAUGUAGCCGUGUUUGAGAUUUUCUUUCCCUUGUUCCGCGGCAGAACACUCGUGUCGUGCGACCGCUCGGAGAUGCUGACGGACCUUCCUGGUACCUUGAGAGAGAUGCGGGUAGACGCAUGCGAACUCACUCCGUCGGUUGCGGGUAGUCUGCUGAGGACGAGAAGCAACGCCCCGGGACUGCGGCUCCUACUAACCAUUGGCGAGAUGCUCACCGAACCCGUCAUCCGCGAAUUUGGUGGUGAUGAAUCAGAGGGCGGGUUGCUUUGGGGAAUGUAUGGCCCUACCGAAGCUACCAUUCACUGAGCUUUAGUACUCUGCUGCCCGCGUUCCCGAAGAGUCAGAGCAGAUAUAACAUCGGGGUUCCGCUCGACACCGUGUCAGCAUUUGUUGUAGACGCCGACGCGUCCGAAUUUCGAAUCGUCCCUCUCGGCCAAGUUGGAGAGCUUGCUAUCGGCGGUAGCCAAAUUGCUACGGGCUACGUCAACCGGCCUUCGCAAACAUCAGCAGUGUUCCUAAACACGCGUUGGGGCCGCGUUUACAGGACCGGAGACCAGGCCAGAAUUCUGGCGGAUGGCACGAUCGAGUGUAUGGGAAGGA